CGAUACCCAAAAAGAAUUCUAAAUCCCCCGCGUCGCUCUCGCGCGAGCGGCUUGGGGGGCGAAACCCUAGCCGCCCAUGCCGCCACUCCCCCUCCUCUUUCUUCACCCCGCCGCCGAAGGCGGCGGCGAGGCCUUCCACUGUAGCAACCCUUUCCUUGGCGCGAGGAGGACAGAGUUGGGCUGACGAUGUCUACCACCACGGCCGGAGGCGACGACGGCGGGGCAGCUCGGGGUGGCGGCGGAUCCGGCACUUCUUUGGCCAAAUCUGGCCGCCCCACGUCCGGAUCGGGAGCGCGCGACGGCCAGGGCUCGCCGGCGGCGCGCGGUCGGCCGCGGGGCGUCGCGGGCAAGCGCGGGGUGGCGGCGCGGCGCGGCCUGGUGACGGCGGCGGAUCCGGUGGUGGUCGGAUCUGGCCGCCCUACCCCCGGCGCGACGGCCGGGGCUCAGAGGCGGCGCGCGUGUCGCGGCUCGGCGCGGGCGGCCGUGGGACACCAUGGUCCAGCACGGGGCGGCGGCCGGGGGUCGGCGCGGCGGCAGCAGCCCUCACGGAGGGCGGGGCCAACUGCAUCCAGCGGCGGCCUGGGCGGAUGGACGGCGGCGGCGACCCUCCCGGAGGGUGCGGCCAGAUCGUGGCCCGUGGUCGGCGCGGCGCGGCAUGGGCGGUCGGACGGCGGCGGUCUGGCCUUCUGGUGCAGCGGUGGUGGCGUUGGGGUGGGCAUGGCGGCUCGUAGGCACUGAGGCAGGGCGUGAAGGGAGUGAUGGCAGUGCUAAGGGAGCUGGCGGCAGUGGGUCGUCUUCCUCGCUGCCGGCCUGCACCCUCGCCCUUCCUGAAGCUCAUCCCCUUCUCUGUGGGGAGUUUCUAUGUUGGAUUGAGGCGGCAGCCGGUUAGCGAGGGGAGCUCAGACCGCCAACGCGACGCCGUCCAAUUCCGGGUUCUCCUUCGGCCAAAGCUGGCAAGGAGGCUGGCGGGUGGCGGGACGGAGGAGGUCUGGGCCAGUUCCCAGGGUAGCGGCAGCUCUAUGCAGCAAGUGUGGUGGUCGGCCGGUGGAGGGGCGCCGGCGCGGUGUGGUGGAGGCCUCGUGCUGAUCUGCUUGUGAGGUGGUUCCUGAGUUGAUGGGCGACGAACCUCAAGCAAGGUUGAAAGGUUUCCGGGUGAAAGCCUCGCCUGAUGAUUCAUCGGGCUGGCAGCGGCUACGCUUUUGGGCGUCGUAACCUCCUUGAGGGCGCUGGCAAGGAUACCUUUCUCCCUUGGCGAGUUUUCUCUAGGUGAAAACCACAUCUCCUUAGAUGGGCGAUGGCGGCAUCCUUGAUGUCGUGACCUCCUUGGGGGCAUCGCUUUUAGAGUCUCGUCUUUGUGGUGUUGUCGUUGGCCCGGCGGCGAUCGGCCACGCAUAGCGGGGGUCGUCUCGGUGCUAGGUUUUUCUCUCAGUGGGUUGUGCUUGUGUGAUUAGCAUGUGGCUUUGGUUGUGCAUUUCGAUGCACCUUCGACCUCGACAGUCUCUGUCGAGUUUUUUCUUGUAACUUUAUUUCUUCUUAAUAUACUUGGAUGGCCUCCUUCGGCCUUCCCGGCGAUA